UUAAGGUGAUCAGAUGAUGUUUGAAACAGCGACUGCGCCAUUUUGGUAGGCAAACAGAGCUCAAAGCAAGAGUAACACAGUCUAAGCUCUAGAGUAAAAUGGUCAUAAAUUGUGCUGUGAGGGGUUGUCGUAACCGCUUGACAAAUGGUAGCAAACUGAGCUUUUUUAGAGUACCGGGGGUGAGAACAAGGGAAGGAGAGGAAACUAGAGCACUCUGUGAAAGAAGACGGGCUACAUGGUUAGCCAGAUUAAACAGGACUACGGUCUCGGACGGUCGCAGAGUGUGCUCGGAUCACUUCAUCCAAGGUAAACCAAGUUACCUUCAUGAUGAAACGAAUCCUGACUGGGCACCGUCACUGAAGCUGGAAGUUUUUAAAGACCCUCACAGUCAGUCAAAGCUACACAGGUAUCAAAAAGCCCAAAGAAGACGAGCUAUAAGAAAUAAAGGAAAAGAUGUGAAAGCAGAGACCCUCCUUGAGGCAGCUGCUGUGACACAAGACACUGAGCAGCCAUAUAUUGCUUUAAGAUAUAUGGGAAUAGAUGUAAAAGAAGAGCCCCUUCCUGAAGUAGCUGCAGUGACACAAAGCACUGAACAGCCAUGUAUGUUUUUUAGGAAUAUGGAAAAAGAUGUAAAAGAAGAGUUUCUUCCUGAGGCUGCUGCUGUGACACAAGGCACUGAACAGCCAUAUAUUGCUUUGAGGUAUAUGGGAAUAGAUGUAAAAGAAGAGCCCCUUCCUGAAGUAGCUGCAGUGACGCAAGGCACUGAACAGCCAUCUAUUAGCACAGAGGAGAGUGAGAUGAAGGCAAGAGACACAUGUGAUUCAGUGACCUGUAAGAAUUUAAAGAUUGAAUGGCAGACAGUAGCAUGUGAUGCCAACGCUGAUUCUGUAUCGUUAAUAUACACGAACAACACUGAAGCUAAGGAGAACCUUAGAACUCAACUAAAGCCCAUAUGGGAAAAGUUGAGAAUCUUACAGGAGUUUCAGCAAACCUUGCAUCAAACUGCAGAGCACAUUAAGAUACAGGCUAAAUGCACAGAGAGGCAGAUUAAGGAGAAUUUUGUCCAACUUUACCAGUUUUUAUCCACUGAGGAGGCAGCCAUGAUAAAAGCACUGAGAGAGGAGGAAGAGCAAAAGAGCCGGAUACUGAGGAAGAAGAUUGAGAAGAUGAGAAAAGAGAUGUCAUCUCUUUCUGCCACAAUCACAGCUAUAGAGGACGAGAUGAAAUCUGCAGAUGCUGUAUUUCUACAAAACUAUGAUGCCACUUUGAAAAGAGUUUCCCAGUGUAAACCAUCGGAUCCAGAGGACAUUUCUGGGGUUCUGAUCAAUGUGCCAAAAUACCUGAGCAACCUGAAGUUUACUGUGUUACAGAAGAUGCAGAAAACAGUUGAAUACACUCCUGUGACCUUUGACCCUAACACUGCUCACUGUAAUCUCAUCGUGUCUGAUGAUCUGACCAGUGUGAGGUACAGCGAUGAGGAACAGACGCUUCCUGACAAUCCAGAGCGAUUCGACAUGUUUGCGUGUGUUCUGGGCUCAGAGGGCUUUGACUCUGGUUCUCACUGCUGGGACGUUGAGGUCGGAGACAGUACAGGCUGGUUCCUCGGAGUGAUGACUGAAUCUGCUCAAAGGAGGAAUAAAAUAUUCUCAAGAAGUGGAGUCUGGUUGGUGGGUCAUUUCUGUGGUGAAUAUCAAGCACAUGAACCACCUCAAGCACCAGCUCUUCUCCCAGUGAAAAAGAGACUUCAGAGGAUCAGAGUUUGGCUGGACUGGAACAGUGGGAAGCUGUCGCUCAUUGACCCUCUUACUGACACACACAUACACUCUUUUACACACACAUUCACGGAAAGAUUAUUUCCAUUUUUUGGUGUUGGCUGUAACAUUUCUCCUCUGCUCAUCUUACCUGUAAAAUGACUUUAAUAGAGUUCAAUUAAUGGUGAAAUUGUUUGUGUUUAUAAUAAAUGGAGAAUAGAUUUGUUUUGGUGGUGUAUUUUGCAGUUACUUCCUAAUGUUAUCUGUUUUAAAACUUUUUUUUUUUUUAGGUGGCUAAGAUGUGAAAAUGGUCUGUAUGUGCAGUGAAUACAGAAAGGAUGCAUUUCAGUAUUCAUCUCCUUGCUGAGAAAAACAUGUACAAAUGUAGUUUUAAAUUAACAUCCUAAGAUUAAUAUCCACAUCGAUAAUCGCAUGACAGUCAGAAAG